CACGUUCCUCUUCUUACCAAACCGACUUGUAGCUUCUUCUUCUUUUCCAUUGCCCAAAACGAAAAAAACGACAAGAUAUUUUUUAAAAAAUAAAUAAAAUAUCUAUCGACUCGCUAUUUAUUUCUUGAAUAUUUCGUCUCAGAUUAAUUAAUAUCGGAAUAUGAGCGAUCCAAUGGGGGAAACUGGAUUUUCUGGAGAAUCGGCGGAGAUGGUCUUCUCCGAGACGGAGAUGGCGGCGGCAGAACUGCUUAUGCAGCUGAGCGAGGAGGAAACAGUGAGCUGUAGCAGCAGCAACGUCGGAGAAAGUGGAGGAGGUGGCAAGAGAAGACACGAAGAUGUUUGCUCGAGAAUCGGAAACGACGGCGUAAAAGGCAAUUGUAAUCUUGCCCGGAAGAUGAAGAAGAUGAAGGAAAAGAAGUUUCGAUCUCUUGAGAGUAUUUACAUGGCAACGAAAGAGAUUAGGGCUUAAUAAAUGGAAGAAAGGGGGAUGGAAUAAUUACAUGUUAAUCGUUUUUAAUAACCUGUGUCGAUGGUUUUUGUGUGUAUAUGUGGCGCUUAAUCUAACGUUGGAGCUUGAGGACGUGUGAUAAUAGUUUUUGAAGAUAUUGAGAUAAAAAUUGUAAAAUAUAUAUAUUCUCACAUAACAUGUCUCCGAGUUUUGGCAAUAUUUUCUAUUUAA